AUGGCCGUGGAGAGCGCGUCGCUCCUGAGAGCGGGGCUGUUGUUGUUGUUGUUGAUGGCAGCUCAAGUCCUUCCGUUAGUGUCCGGCUGCAACAGGGGCUUCUACGAGAGGAUGAUCAAUGAUCUGUGCUUAGCGAAGUUCAAGUUCGACAUGGGAGGAGUGGACCGAGGCCUGUGGUGCAGCUGGCCGGACACCAUGGAGAUCUACGAGGGGCUGACAAACUGCACCUUCCAGGUGGCCUUGAGGGUGGACUGCUUCUGGCCCAAUCAGAUAGUCGACCGCUUCUUCAUGCAGAUUCACCGGAUCUACUUCUACGACUGCGCUCUGACCGGCCGGCUCCUCCAUGACCCGCCGACCAGCAUCCUCGCCCCGUUCAUCGCGGUCCCGGUCCUGGUCACCCUGCUUAUGACUGCCCUUGUGGUGUGGAGGAGUAAACGCACAGAGGGGGUUCUAUAGAGACUGGAUUCUGCAUUUUGGUCCAUUCUUGUAAAUACAUAUGGACUCUAAAAGACUGUAAAAGUUGCUGCUUC